UUCGGGGAAAAAAUGCCGCGAGGAAGGUCGGCCACAAGUAUCAUCUCUGACAGCAGCGAUAUGGAUAUUGACGGAAUUGCUGACACGGAGAUGGUCAAACUUCAGAGACAGUUCCGAAUAAUGGAAGGAGACCGGCAGGCUUACAGCAUCCAGUCACAGGAGCUCAUACGCAAGCGGCGGCUGGAGAUUGAGCGUUUGCGUAAGGAGCAGGAUGAACUGCAGAUGAGCCUGCGCGCGUCGGAGAGCGCGUCGCGGCGUCAGCAGGACAGCGGGGAUACGGUGCAGCUGCGCUCUCUCCUGACACAGAAGGACGAGAUCGAGGAACAGAUGGACGCAGAGAGGCAGAACCAAGCAGAGCUGCAGCAAGAGAUCUCGGAGAUUCGGAGGAAACUGGAAGAGACGAAGCGAGGAGAGGUGAGCGUCGCUCAGAGUGUCAUGGACCAGACACACCACACACAGAAGGCCACCCGCACGCUGGAGAACAAACUGGAUCGGGCCCUAACUCGCUUCAGCGAGCAGCUGACCCGGAACAGCCAUCUGAGAGAGGACCUGGAGACACUGCGCGUGGAACGCUUGCGCUUCCAGCAGCUUCUUCGCAGACUGGAGAAGGAGUUACUGGAGACUCGCAAGGAAGUUGGAGACGUCAUCAGCAUGUCCACUGCUGCUUAUGACGCCAGGGUGGAGGCCCAGACGAAGAUGACGAUGCUGAGAGAGAAAGCGGUGAAGGACCUGGCGCAGUACAGUGCUGAGAUGAAGGAGCUGGAGAGGGUCAUCGCGCACGAGCGGCGACUCAAGGAGUUCAUGAGCACCAAGUGCAACGAGAGGAGCACCCAAGAUGAGGGCCAGGACAUCGCCAGCAAGCAAGAGAUGAAAGACCAGAGAAGGAUGGAGUCAGGAGAGGACCAUGUGGAGACUCUUGAGGAGGUCUUCCGCAAGAUCCAGACUGUGACUGGAGAGAAUGAUUUGGACCUGCUGGUGACAAAGUUCAUUCAGGUGGAGGACCGGAACUUUGCUCUCUUCAACUAUGUGAAUGAGCAGAACAAUCAGGCGGAGACGCUCAGGGACGAAAUUAACCAGACCAAAGAGGAGCUGGAGCAGUUCCAUCUGGUGGCGCAGCAGCAGGAGGAGGCGCACCGUGCCAUGCUGAGGGAGGUGGAGGAGCAGCAGGGAGACGCGCAGGCGCAGGCCCAGGAGCACGAGGCUCAGGCCAACGCUGUCAGCAAGAUCCUGGACCAGAUCAAGACGGGAGUGAACAAUUUGUUCCAGAAGAUUGACUGUGACAGCGCCGUCCUCGAGGACCUCCUCGGCUCCUCGUCUGGCAUCAGGGACAACAACAUCAUGACAUACCUGGGCCAGGUGGAGCAGAGAGCCAAUGAGCUGCUCACUGUGCAAGCCUAUGUCAACUCUAAGGAUUUGGACCAAGAUUAUGACCCGAAGGAGGUGGCUCAGGUGUUAUUGGGUCAGAACCCAGAUCUGCAGAAGCAGAGUAUCUCCAUCCAGGCCCCGGUAACCGGGGAUGAUUAUGAUGCAGAGGAGUCUCCACUCACAGAUGAGGAGGAGCGCCCUUUGACACAGGAAGAACUCCGUCAGCGCAUCCUGAGAGGGGUGCUACGCAGGGAGAGUGGGCAUCACAGCGGAGGGGGAAGGGACGCGAAGGCCUCCCGGAUCGGCGCAGUUCCCAGCAGCCGCCUCCGGGUCGUCGCAGAGAUCUGAGCAUGCAAGGUUUUUUUUUGUUGUUUGCUUUGAGUUUGUCUCAAACGAUUAUGAAAACUCACAGGCAGUCUUAGGAGGUCGUUCUCUGCAGCCCUACUUGGACACUGGAGGAAAGGGUUAUCAUUUGAAUUAGCAUUUGAACCAAAGAUCAUAGAGCGCUACGCUCUCGAAUCUUUGAUUUGAACACACCUCAGGGUUCUAGAUUGGACCUGGCACUGACUAGGAAUUUCUUCUUUUCCUCAACAUUCACAGAGAACACUGUGGUCACGGUUUGCUGUGCUUCACACUGGCAAAAUUCACAUGAAUUUGCUUUUGGGGAAAGGUAUAUGAUAAAUAUUUCAACAUAGAUUUAACUUGGAAUUAUCUUAGAAUUGUACACUGACAUUAAAUAGUUAAUUUACAGUGACUUCCAUAAUUAUUGGCACCCAUGGUAAAAAAAUGUGCAAGCACAGCAAUCAUUCUCUGGUGAAUAAUCUCACUCUCACGCUGCAAUGAGAAAAAUCCAUCCUUGAAGUGAGAAAAUAUAGCCUGAAGAGCCAGACCCACAUCAAGAUGUAGGGUCUGGGAACUCACCGUAGUCAGGGCUCAAUCGGAGGGGUGGGAUAAACAGUUGUCUUUCAAAUUCCCUCUCCGCAAUAGGAUAUUGCUAAAUGAAUCAUCUUCUUGUUUUCAAAUAGCAGGAUGCGUUACCGUCGCAACUUCUGGUCGCAUGUCAGUCACCAUUAUGUUAAGCCCGCCCACGACUUUAUACACGCUGUGAUUGGCCUGCUUGAUUUUCCAGUUCUCAGCUCCUUAGCUCUAUGGAUCGUGCCUAGACUGCCCCGCCAGCCAAAUUACAUAAGAUGCCGCUAGGGGCGUCUACAUUUCUAGGCUAGAGAAAAUACCUUAUCAAGAAAUAAUUGUGUUUAACAAAACCACAUGUCGCAGUUAUUGACACUUUUUAUCCAAAGUGAGAAGGGGAUGGUCUGCACACUCUGUAAUGAUUUGAUGAUACUUUAUUUGUUUAUUACAAAAGGCAACGUUUCGGUCGAUAGAUCUUCAUCUGGCCUGAUUCAAAUCAAAUAAGCUAGUUUGUGCUUGGAGCCAAAAGUUCUGGCAGGGAACAGAGGAGAUAGAUGUACAGGUUUCCAGCCUGAGCUGCCAGGUGAAAUCAAAAUUCGCCAGCAGGUCAGGCAGGGUUCACCCAGCCUAAUGUAGUUCAUGAUGUGAAGUGUAGUGGCACCAGGUCCCCCAGGGCUUGUGGAGCAAAAACAUCCCCACAACAUAGGGAGCCCUUCACCCUACUAAUCAGUCGGCAUCACUAUAGACAUCCUUUAAUUUACUGUACACCAAACCCUGCUGGAGUGUUGGCAAAACAAAAUGCUCUGGUCAAAGUCCCCCACAACAGGUGGUAACAUUUGGGGUUAAAUGACGUGCCCUCCAAAUUAUCUGUUACCAUGGAGGUCACGUCUGAUGUUUUGAAGACUCUUUACCCCCGAGAUUAACUCACCCAGAAUGACCUUGGAGGAUUUUUUUUGUUCAUCUCUCACCAUCCUGCUCAUUAUGCAUGGGGGCUAAAUAAACUUGGUUCUGCGUACAAGCAGGUUUGUUGUUUCAGUUGAUUGGAACAAUUUGAUUAUAGAGUUAAAUGCAUAUAUGGGCAUAUGGUGAGUAGCGUUUUUAAAGCCAUUCUGAUUUGUGGAGGUCAACCCACUUUUCCCUUAUUUGGACUGGGUUUUCUACUGUAUUUUCCUUGUUAAUGACUGACUAAGGGCAUUUGGUUUAUGGCCAGCGUCAUCUAAUAUUGACUCGUGGAUGGAAAUAUUAGUGUUAAAUUUACCUCAAUUUAAGGUUGGAUUUUUCUCAUUUGUCAGUCUAAGAUGAGACCAUUUCACUCAAAUACUUUCUUAAAACCCUUUUUGUAUGCGUCUUUGCCAGGGGAGCCCAUAAUUGUGAAAGAUACUGUAGUUAUUAGGUCACAAUAACUUUGCUAAAAUCUUCGAUUUUUAGCCUCAAUCUUAGCCUCGGUUGGAAGUUGAGUGACAGGGGCUGUUCUUCCAUCUUAAUAAAUGUUGAAUCAAAAUGUCCUGAUGGUGGUGACUUUUCUACAGUUUGUCCUGGCUGACAUUGUCUUGUUUUACAUACUUCAAUUUAAAGAAUUGUAUUUUUUUGCUAUGUUGUGAUUCUCAAACCGAUCAUGAAUUGCCUAGGUCCAUCACCUUUAGUUUUCUCUUUUUUCACAGCUAUCUUUGAACUUAAUGUAAUCGAAAAAAUGUAGUUGUUGGAAUGAGGAACAUCAGCUGUUGUAUCAUAUUAAGUAAAGUAAAGAUUAAGCCAAUCAUUAAACACAGAGUUCUU